UGCUCUGCUCCAUUGAUGGUUGAGCAUCCGCAAGCUUUCUUCCAAUGCAAGCCUGAAAUUCCACUUCUCUUGCUCUCCAGAUCCACUCUGUUACUUUCCUUGUCUCUUUUAGCUUUAAGGCUAGAUAGUUUAAGAUGGACCGCCGAAGUUGGCCAUGGAAGAAAAAAUCAUAUGACAAAGCAAUUGAGAAAACACUUUCUGCAUCAGAUUAUACUGGUGCUUCCUUGGUUUCAGCGAGAGCACAGGGUGAUCAGGAAAUUUCAAAGAAAGCAAAAUAUGUUCAAAUAUCUAUGGAGUCAUAUGCCCAAUUCACUGGAUUGGAGGAACAAGUUAAGGUAUUGGAGGAUCAGGUUAAGGUAUCAGAGGAUGAAGUCUUGACAUUAAACGAAAAGCUGACCUCAGCACAGUCAGAGAUGACCACUAAGGAUAAUCUGGUCAAGCAGCAUGCAAAAGUUGCUGAAGAAGCUGUUUCAGGCUGGGAAAAGGCUGAAGCAGAAGCUUCUGCUUUGAAACAUCAACUUGAAUCUGUCACACUUCUGAAGCUUACUGCUGAAGAUCGGGCAUCCCAUCUGGAUGGUGCUCUCAAAGAGUGCAUGAGGCAAAUACGGAAUUUGAAGGAAGAGCACGAACUGAAGUUGCAUGAGGUUGUUCUCACCAAAACCAAGCAAUGGGACAAGAUCAAGCUUAAUUUUGAGGCCAAAAUAGAUGAUUUAGAGCAAGAACUCCUUAGAUCCUCUGCUGAAAAUGCUGCAUUAUCUAGGUCGUUGCAAGAACGUUCCAACAUGCUAAUGAAGAUCAGUGAAGAAAAAUCACAAGCUGAGGCUGACAUUGAACUUUUAAAGAGCGAUAUUCAAUCUUGUGAAAAAGAGAUAAGCUCACUUAAAUAUGAGUUCCAUAUAGUAUCAAAGGAGCUUGAAAUCCGGAAUGAAGAGAAGAACAUGAGUAUUAGGUCUGCUGAAGUGGCCAACAAACAGCAUUUAGAGGGUGUCAAGAAGAUUGCCAAGUUAGAAGCAGAGUGUCAGAGGUUACGUGGCCUUGUUAGGAAAAAGUUGCCCGGGCCUGCUGCAUUGGCCCAAAUGCAGCAAGAAGUUGAGAACCUAGGCCGGGAUUAUGGAGAAAUUCGACCACGGAGGUCUCCUGUUAGGAGUCCUAGCCCACAUUUGGCUCCACUCCCUGAAUUUUCUCUUGACGAUGUUCAGCAGUGCCAUAAAGAAACUGAGUUUCUCACUGCACGUUUGUUGGCAAUGGAAGAAGAAACAAAGAUGCUGAAAGAGGCUUUGGCAAAGCGAAACAGUGAAGUGCAAGCUUCAAGAAACAUGUGUGCUAAAACAACUAGUAGGCUUCGAAGCCUAGAAGCACAGAUGCAGGCACUUGCUCAACAAAAAGGGUCUCCAAAAUUAACUACUGAUAUGCCUAUUGACGGUACCUCAAGCCAAAAUGCAAGCAAUCCUCCGAGCUUGACUUCCAUGUCUGAAGAUGGGAUUGACGAGGACGGAAGUUGUGCAGAGUCCUGGGUUACACCUUUGAUUUCGGAGCUCUCUCAAUUCAAGAAGGAAAGGGAUGUCGAUAAGACUAUCAAGCCUGAUAAUUCGAAUCGAUUGGGACUUAUGGAUGACUUCCUGGAGAUGGAGAAAUUGGCAUGUUUAUCAGCUGAACCAAAUAGUGCCAUCUCCACCUCAGAUGGUUUAACUGAUAAGGUUACUAAAGAUUUGGAGCAUAGUGCUUUGGCUGAUGUUGCAAAAGGUGCAGACCUCUGUUUAGAACAGCAGGCUGGCUUGGACACACCAGUGAAUCAGGUCUCCUCUAAUGUGGAGCACUCAGCAAUGGAACUUGAAUCUGGCAUAGACCAAGUCACAUUGUCAAAGCUCAGAUCAAGAAUUUCAAUGGUGUUUGAAUCUCAAGCUAAGGAUGCUAAUGUGGAGAAGAUUUUAGAGGACAUUAAACAUGUGCUGGAUUUACAUGAUUCUCUGCCUCGGAACUCUGUAAGUUCUGUCAAGAAAAUUUACUCUACGGAUUCUACUUCUGAUCAUCAGGCAUCUCCUCAAGAAGAUAUUUGUGAAAUUAUGGAAAGUGGGUUUCCUUUGGCCAAAGACAAUAAUAAUUGUGAAGAUAAUAGGCAUAUCAUAGACCAGGAAUUGGCUGCUGCUAUUUCUCAGAUUCAUGAUUUUGUGGUGUCACUGGGCAAGGAAGCUACAUCAGUGCAGGACAGUUCUCCUGAUGGACAUGGGUUAUAUAUAAAGAUUGAAGAGUUCUCUGCCUCUGUCAGCAAAAUUCUUUGCAGAAAAAUGAGUUUGGUUGACUUUGUUCUUGACCUUUCUCGUGUUAUGGCCAAAGCUGGUGAACUCAGCUUCAAUGUCCAGGGGUAUAAGGGAAAUGAAGGAGAAACCAGCAUGUCGGAUUGCAUAGAUAAAGUGGCAUUACCAGAAAAUAAGGUUUCCCUGGAUGACCCAGUGAGAGAGAGAUUUCCCAAUGGCUGUGCCCUCAUUUCUCACUCUACUUCUGAUCCUGAAGUUCUUCAGGAAGGAAGUCCCAUUCCAGGCUCCGAACUGAAUUCUAAGUCUUGCAAAUGCUCACUGGAGGAACUGGAACAACUGAAAUCAGACAAACAUAACAUGGAAAUGGAUUUAACUAGGUGCACCGUAGAGCUUGAAAACACAAGUUCUCAGUUACAAGAAACAGAGCAACUUCUGGCAGAGCUUAAGGCACAAUUGGCAUCUUCUCAAAAAUCAAACAGCUUAGCAGAUACACAGCUAAAAUGUAUGGCGGAAUCCUAUAAGUUACUUGAAACUCAUGCACAGGAGUUAGAAGCCGAAGUCAACCUUCUACGUGCAAAAGCUGAGGCUUUAGAUAAUGAACUUCAGGAAGAAAAGUGCAAUCAUCAAAAUGCUCUGAAGAAAUGCAAUGAACUUCAAGUGCAAAUAAAAAGGAGUGAGAGCUGUUCGAAGUGUUUAUCAUCUUCUGCUGCUGAUGUAUGCACUAAGACCAAACAGGAGAGAGAGAUAGACGCUGCUACAGAGAAGCUCUCAGAGUGCCAGGAGACCAUUUUCCUUCUCAGUAGGCAAUUGAAAGCUAUGCGGCCUCCAACAGAGCUCAUGGGAUCUCUGCACAGUGAGAUGCAUCAAAAGGGUGAAAAUUUAAUGGUAGAUGAGCCAAUUCCUAGUGAUUUGAACCCAGAAAGCAUCCACGGAUCAAAGUACUUUGAUCAGUCUGAAAUGGAAAGUGCUGCUUCUACAAAUGUUAGGAGAGUGAGUGGUGAGUACCCCUCAGAUGCAUUCAAUUCUCCCAGUAGUCCAUCUGACGCUGAAGCAAACAUGCACUUGAGAUCCCCAGUCGGUUCAAGGCAACCAAGACACAGGUCUACAAGUUCAGGCUCCUCUACUUCCUCUUCAGCCCAAACUCCUGAGAAGCAUUCACGGGGUUUUAGCCGGUUCUUUUCGUCCAAAACAAAGAAUGGGUAUUAGUUUUUGGCCUUUAAAUAUCAGCAGUGAUUCGUAACCAAAUGAAUAGGCUGUUAUGGUAAACAUCGAGGUUGAGGCUUUAUAGAUGAGGGAUUGAAUGGUUUCUGGACCAGCCAUUUCCAAAUUUCCAUGCUUUUGUAAGAGGAGAUUGAAAAAGGAAAAUGUUGACCUGGUUCGUCGUUUGGUGGCUUAAUGUUGAAGAUUUUAUGGAGGCCAGAGGGGGAGAUGAUCAUCAGCCUCUGAUACAGGUUACAUGUGGUCAAUGUACAGUUACUCAUCUUGCAUGUAAAGUGUUUCCAUUGGGAACUGGAAAUGCAUCUGA